UCAACACCAUUCUUCGGUGUAAAACUAACAUUAGCCUACUGGACGGACAACUUACACGUAACACGAAUUUCAAACGAUCAAAAUUGUUUCUGUUUACUUGUACUUCAGAUAACUCUCCAGGAGCCUCACUCGAUCAAUUACGCCCCAAUCUAGCUCUGCUAUCACCUCGAUCGUCGUCUUGAGGAAUUUAUCGCGCGAGAAAUGGAAUCUGAACUUUCGGAGUCGCAUCUUUAUCAAGCUUUUCUCGAAUCUUUUGACGUUGUAACUCGAAACCCGGCCGACCAAAAUCUUUGGGGAACAGCCACUACCUUAGGACUCAAGUGGUUAAUUGUUCGCGUACAAUCAGACCUAGAACCGCUCGGUCCAAAUUCUGGUUAUGGUCACCUGUUUUGCGAUAAAGGAUUACGUGCAGGUCAACUUAAAGAUGGCAGAGAAUCUCUGACAGUUGAUGCAAUUCGGAUCCACGAAAUUCGCGCAUUUUUACUGAGGUUAAUUAGCUUCAAGCCCUUAGGCAUCGUCCAGACAUGGCGGGAAAAUUGGGAAGCCUGUAUCACCGGCUGUCUGGAUUGUGCAGCAGGACAUGAUGCUUCCCUCAGCCAACUUGCAGAAAAAUGGCUCUUCAAAUUUUACACGACCGAACAGGCCAGUACAUUCAUCAACUCAGUCCGUAAUCUCAUCAUCUCUUUGGGCCAACCCAUCCUCGAAGGCGCCAUUCAGCCCCAGUCUGAUCCGUCUCAUGGCUUGUCGGUUUCUCCGACAUUCGGUCCAAUCCUGUCUACUUUCUUAUCACAUCCAGAAAUGUUAACCGAUCCCAAAAUAUGGCCGGCUGUCUCACAACUUAUGGCGAACCAAUUGACCCGUGGCCCAAUUCAAACCCUCCACCACGAGCUCUGCUUGCCUGGAUGGAUCUUACUCACUAUGAACGACAACUCAGAUUGUGCAGCUUUUGCAAGGCGGCAAUUGGACUAUUUGGCAUCGCUAGGUUCCACAUCCCACACUCUUUCAGGUCCGAAUCAAGCUAUGAAGGCAGUGAUGACUGAGGUCUCCAAGAUUCUCAACCGCGGUCACGUGAAUUCAUCGACAGGAAACCAGUUGAACUUGCUUCAAAAUCUGGUCAUCCAUCCAACCCGUGAAAGCAGCUGGCUCGGGUUGACUUCCAUCUUACCAGCGUUACUCUCUUUCUCUCCACGCUCAUCCAACCACGUGGGAUCCUCGCUCUUUGGCAUACCCAAGCUAAUUCUCGACCACAUCACCGAUUCUGGAGAGCACCUUCCAAAGGUCUAUUCUUGCUGGGGUAUACUACUGCGUCAGUUGGGGUCUUCCUUCUGGACGAUGGCAGAAGAAGCGUCAGAUAAACCGGCAACUUUGGACAUCGUCCUCGUACCAUCACCUGCCAAAGCUCUUCGGAAAGUAUUAGAACGCGAUGACUUUGUUUCCAAUAUGGCUUCCCCAGAUUUUAUCACACAGUGCCUCGACUGGCUUCUCCCUUUCAUCCAAUCCGUGACCGACUCAAACCAAUUCUCAACCAGCACUUUCGACGUCCUCCAAAACAUUUUGGCAGACAAGCUCCAACGAUCCCCAUACGACGUGACUGUGCGCGUUCGAGCCGCGACCCUGAUUUUGGCAAUCUGGCAGCAUCUCAACGCCCCCAAGGCGAAUUCCAAUGAUAUAAUCUUCAAUCCUCACGACAAGUCACCCAACUCGCCCCCAGAGAUCCCAAUAGCCCGCACCCGGGACCAGCAAUUUCUACGCGUCUUGGUUCCAUUUAUCAUCGAUCUAGCGUAUGAGAGCCGGCAUAAGAUAGGCCAGUGGGCGAAAGUCCAACCUCAAGCCCAACAGAUCAUUGAACAGAUAGCGUUUCAUGAAUCCGAGAACCUGUCUACUGCUCUGCGUGAGCUUAGUGGGACUACAUCGAAGACCAACAAGGAUGUGUUAAAAUCGGUUGACGCCUCACAUCUCAACAUAUGUAUUUCCAAACCAGUUUGGAUUAAGAUUUACAAAAUUUCUAAUGAUUAUUCGGAAUCGAAUCAGUACCUCAUGAAGGUGUAUUCCCUCCUCAUACGUUCCUUGUCUCACUGCGCCCACAUCGACCACCUUGCCAAUAUCUCGUGGCUCCCUCCGGGAAGGCCUACAAACCAUUUGAUUGAACCUACUAUUACCGCGCUGAACAAUGCAGUCUUAACCAUCCGAGCCCCAUUAGUCGAUGCUCUGAUUGAUCUCUCUGGUUCCACUUAUGGUUCACAACUCCUUGCAACAUUGCUGAAAGAGACUUCGAUCAUCAAAGCUGUCAUUCCUCUAAUCUUUUCGCCUAACGAUGGCCUGCACACCUCAUCACUGGCCUUAGUCCGACAGUGGUCCGAUUGCACGUCUCGUCUCGAUUGCUUACGCGCUUUGUUAUCGAAGGGUCAACGGGCUGCAUUCGAAGGCCUUGUAGGUGCCUUAAAGAAAGUUGAUCUACAUUCAAAAAUUCUACCCGAUGCUAUGAGCUUGGCUCGGCGCUUUGUGAGAUGCAUGACCGACGUCAUUAGCAUCUUUUGCUCACCCACUGAUGGAUUGUUGAGAGAUCAGGCUUACGUCCAAUCCUUGAACACCUCCGAGAUUGUCGAGUUUUGGAAUUUGAUGUGCUCUUCCGUCUCGAACAUCUUCGAUAGGACUCCUCAUUGGGCCGAAUUCUGGCAAGCAUCUGAAAUGACCGAAUGGAUGCGAGAUGCACUAAUGUUUACUGAACAGUUGGUGAAGACAUUUCAGAUUUUCGAAUCGGCAGCAUUCGGUCGACUUGAUGAUGAAAAAGUGGUUGAAAAUGAAAGUCUUCGAUCCAAAAUGUUGGAUUCGUUUGUAACGCCGACGGAGGCGUUAGUUUCUUGGCUCCGACUGAAUGAUCCUGAUCUUCUUGAUCGCAGUACCGGAGUGAUAGUCCAGAUGUUGGAGAAGAUUGGCAAGUUUAGAAGGCCCCUCAACCCGUCGGUUGUAGACAGAUUAGCGAGAUACAUUGAACCAACACCAAGAACCACCAUUAUCUUGACUGAACAACAGCGAGUCUAUCUCAAGAACGCCCUGGCCACGCACCCUGAUUUGGCCGCCCGUUUCGCGACUAUCAUCGACGAUGAAGACGAAAUCGAAAUCGCAGAACCAGGCGGUGAUACUGUUAGCUCAUUACCCAAUGAUCGCAGUGGGAAAGAUGUGACUCAAACUUCCCAAUGGGCCAAUAUCUUUCCUCAGAUCAAGUCAUCCGCUGGACCCUCCAUCCAUCAAAACCAGAAAUCCGUGCCACUUGGGUCGUCAAAGUCUCGCGACACGGAUCAACCGAAGUUGAAGGUGUCUUACUCCAGUUCCUCGGCUAAACCGACGCUGGCUAGCAAACCAGCGCCCAAAAGAAGUUAUGGACAUGAUAGUGUGAUCGGCAAUCUGCGGAAAGAAAUGAAGGCUUCUCGCCCGAUGCUCAACAUAGCUCGUGCACCACACAUGCGCCCAGGCCAUGCCCCACAUUCGGCUGCCAUGCCAAAUCAAUACACUUCCGAAAAACCUCUGAAGGGCAUCUCAGGUCCCAACUUUCGCCAAUCGCCGAUGAAGAACUUCCAAAACAACCAGUCAAAUCAGUUGCACCAAGUCUCCGAUGAUGGCUCGGAAGAUGAAUCCGAAGAAGAUGUUCAACAGACGACAGGCCUGGCCGGGCUGGUUAAAGCUCAGAAAGGCAAGACAUUUCAAUCUCGUAAACUCGCUGAACCACGUCGGACGAUCAAGAUGUUUAACGAUCCAGUGAUGGAAAAACAAAAGAAAGAAGCUCAGGCCAGACGCGAACAUCAGAACAUUCUCAAGUUGCAAAAAUUGCGGAUGCAGCCAGACUUCACCGAUCUGCAUCGAUACAUCUUGCAGUGGGAUUAUAAUCACACUGGACCCUGUCCCCCGAACGCGCCCACGAGAUAUAAUCACCUUCCACCGUCAUUCGGCAGCUUUUCCCAUUACUUGUCAUGCACGGAACCCCUGUUGAUGUGUGAGACUUGGCAGCAAAUUUCACAAGCGAAAGAAUCAGUACUUUCUGGAGAGAAGGCUCCGAUUCCAAUCGAGAUAGUCGGGAGAACAUCUGUUGAUGAUUUUAUAGAGAUCUAUACAACCGUCAAACAUGGCCUGUUACCUGAGCGGACGUAUUUCAGUGAAGCAGACUUGGUCCUCGUACGAUCCAACGACCCACAGUCACCUUCUCGAUGCAUUAUGGCGAAAGUGAUUAGCCUAUCAAGAAAGCAUGAAUGGUUUGAGUUGAAUUUGAGGAUGCAUUUCGGUAGUGCCAGGCAAGAUAUAAGCGGGCAUAUGGUUCCCAAAACCAAAUGGAGUGUCCUACACUUAUGUAGUUUGAGCACCACUCAUCGAGAAUGGGCUGCCUUGCGGUCUUUACCAUAUCUCACUUUAGGUGACGACAUCCUCCGGGCACAUGCCACGCCACCUGCGCCGAUCGCCGAAGAGCACCUCACCAAGGUGAUGAAAUGUCAAAAAGUUAACGAGCCGCAAGGUCGUGCUAUCAUCAGUGCUCUUGCUACACCAGGAUUCUCGCUGAUACAAGGACCCCCCGGAACGGGAAAAACAAGCACAAUUGUUGGACUGAUCGGUGCAUUCAUCGCCAGUCGCCCGAAAGUAGGCGACCCCGCAGGCGGAGGAAAACAACCCUCGAUUACACGAAAGAUCCUACUCUGUGCCCCGAGUAAUGCUGCGGUUGACGAAGUGGCCAAGCGAUUAAAAGAAGGCGUUCGAGGUGCCCAGGGCGAGUUGAUUAUACCCAAGCUAGUGCGGAUCGGAGCAGACUCGAAGGUGAAUCUGGCAGUCAAGGAUAUCUUCAUCGAUGAAUUGGUUGCGGCCAUGAGCAAAGAUGCAGAGCCGGGCAAGGCGGCCGAAACAGUCGCCGGAGCGGCCGGAGCGAUCCAAGACCUGCGACAGCAACUUUCCGAAUUACGAGACACUCGAGAUUCCAAACAGAUGGAGGCCGAGCGACUGCCCACUGAGUCACCCCAGUAUCGGACUUUGCAAGAGGAAGUCACUAGGAUCAGAAGGAAGAUACACGAGCUUUCGGCUAAAAUCGACCAGGCCCGUGAUCAACAGGAUGCCUCAAAACGAUACUUGGAUGCAGCCACACGGAAAUUGAGGAUGCAAAUCUUGCAAGAUGCGGAUGUUGUCUGCUCAACCCUUUCCGGCUCCGGUCAUGACUACAUGUCUCAGUUGCCAUUCGAUUUCGAAACUGUGGUGAUUGAUGAGGCUUGUCAAUGUGUCGAGCCUGCUUCUCUGAUCCCUCUUCGGUAUAAUGCGACACAAUGUAUACUGGUUGGAGAUCCAAUGCAGUUACCUCCAACGGUGCUCUCUCAGACAGCCAGCCAGGCUGGGUACGACCAGAGUUUAUUCGUGCGGAUGCAACGAAAUGCUCCUGAUGUGGCGCACCUGUUGAGUAUCCAAUAUCGAAUGCAUCCUUCUAUCAGCACCUUUCCCAGCAAGGCCUUCUAUGAUUCCAAAUUGCUUGAUGGGCCUGAGAUGGAAUCAAAAGCGGUUCAACCAUGGCAUCAGUCCGGCUCUUUGUUCCCUCCCUAUGCCUUCUAUCAUCCGGUUGGAGCCAGAGAAGAACGAGGGGCGCACCAUUCAUUGAUGAACCGGACGGAAGCUUCCUUAGCAGUCUCGAUCUAUUGGAGGAUAGCGAAUGACUAUCCGCACAUCGAUUUUGCUUAUCGAGUGGGGAUCAUUACUGGGUAUGCAGCCCAAGUGGGCGAAAUUCGUCGACAGCUUCGGGCCAAAUUUCCGGCUAGUACUGUUGCGGCCAUCGAUGUCAAUACGGUCGAUGGCUUCCAAGGUCAAGAGAAAGAUAUUAUCAUCUUGUCCUGUGUGCGAGGCGGAAGAGACGACAAUAACUCUGGCGGGGGAAUCGGGUUCUUGAAAGACAUCCGCCGGAUGAACGUCGCUCUGACUCGAGCUAAAUCGUCCAUGUUCAUUAUCGGUAAUCGGGCCGUCUUGAGUCAGGAUCCAACCUGGAAAGCGCUUGUGGAAGACGCCGCCGGACGAUCGCUGAUCAGUGAGGUGACAAGCCAAACGUUUUACUCGACUUCAUCAGCCCCGAUUGUUUCGAGAGCCCGACAAACGAGCGACUCGGGAGGUAUGAAGAAGCCAGCGGUAGGCGUGCUCAUGACCCCCAAACAAGCCGCCGAGCAAUCCCAAGUUCGGGGCGAGAUUGCGAAGGCCAACCAGGGAGGCUUGAAGCGCAAGAUCUCGGCCGACACCUCGGAUCCGGUGGAAGACAAACGGAACAAAGCGACUAUCGUCAUUCCCGCUCAUCAGACUCAUAAUAAGAACCUCCCUGACCCCGCAACACUUGGCCCUCAGACCGCCGCCCCCCUCCUUCAGUCCACUAACGUCCCCCUUGAAACUCUGCCACAUACUACCCCCCUCGCUCGCCCUGGGCCUAGCGCUCCGCCCGUCCCACCUAAAUCAGCAUCCUUACCUGCCGUUAACAAUCUGCAACCUCGACCCAAACCCGCGCCUUCACUAUUCAUCAAAAAACCUAAGCGGCCGGAAGGCAAUCCGAUUCGUAGACCCAAUCAUCCUGCACCGACCAAUCGUCCGAUGGCCGUCGGCGAGGGUCAUCGAAGCGUUCGGCAACAGUUGAAGGACCAGGCUAAUGCAAUCCAAAAACCCAACCAUCGUUAGAGGACUAUACAUACACACCAUCCACCAAUACAUCAAUCAUACUCUUACAUAAUCAUCCAUUAAUGUUUUUGUAAUUUAAAUUCCUUGCUACAUACAAUCUAAUCAUUUCUUCGAUCCAGGAUCUCUUUUGUUUUUGAAGAACAAGCUAGUAUAUUAUGUACAUCGUUCUUUUUAGUUCACGUUGGAAUUAGUGUUGCCCAUGAUCGAGG